GUCAUGAUCGUGUCUCAUGGUCCAUCCAUUUAUGAACCACCAACCACUAAGAAUCUCACUUCUUCCACAGUCCAAAACACCACACACAAAAGGAGGAGGCACAAAACAAAAACGAAAAAAAUGUCCAAACCCAGAAGACCCAAUCACAUGCUAAUUUCCUGCCUAUCCCUCCUUUUGAUCCAUACCCAUUUCUCAAUCUGCAAUGGGGUUUCAGCUUUUGACCUCAAUUCACUGAAAGGAAGUGGAAUUGAUGGUAUGGUGGGAGCUGGAAGGGCCUGCAACCAGAAGAUUGGGGAGCGCUUGACAGAGCCAGAAAUGGAGUCAGAGACCAGCAGGAGAGUUCUAGCAAUGCAGAAGAAGUACAUAAGCUAUGAGACACUGAGGAGGGACUUGGUUCCAUGUGGAAAACCAGGGGCUUCAUAUUACAAUUGUCAUGCUGUUGCGGCAAAUCCUUACAGUAGAGGCUGUGAGGUCAUUACAAGAUGUGCAAGAGGUAAUGACAUCAAAACUUGACUUAAUUACAGUGAAUGGACCAAGUGUGGAGAAAUGGAAGAGCAAUUUCAUUUUCUUUUCCUUUUUUCCUUCUUAUUUUAAUGGUGUAUUUGAUGGGGGGUUUCUGGUUAUGAUUGUAUAUUUGAGACCCAUGUUCUGAAUUGCUAUACUAAUGUAUCACUAGCCUCAAUUUUAGAGAGAUCUAUGGUUUCUUUUCAUA